AUGGAACGAGAUCGAGCCUUGGGUUCAAUCAACAGUCCACCUUGGUUUGAUGGGGAAGAUUAUUCCCAAUGGAAAAUUAUGAUGAGAGCAUUUUUGUACUCUCAAGAUGAAAAUAUGUGGAAGAUUGUUGAGACAGGGUGGGUUCAUCCAACCAAACCUGAAAAUUCUAAGGCUACUGAGUCUUCGGGGGCCAAAAUGAUUCCUAAACCAAAGGAAGAGUGGAGUACGGAAGAGGUCCGUGAUUGUAAUCAUGAUUUUAAGGCUAGGAAUAGUUUAUUCACUGCCUUAUCAAAAAAGGAAAGGGUUAGGAUUAGUCAUUGUGAGACUGCUAAGAAAGCUUGGGAUCUUCUCCAGGUUACUUAUGAGGGCAAUAAGAGAGUUAGAGCACAAAAGCUUCAGAGGUUGGUCCUAGAAUUUGAGAACAUGACAAUGGGGAAUGAUGAGUCAGUUGAUGACUUUCAUGCUAGACUUAUCAAUGUGACAAGUCAGUGUCAUAGCUUAGGUGACCCAUUUGAAGAACAUCGUAUUGUUAAGAAGUUCCUUAGAUCUCUUCCACCUAGCUUUCAGUCCAACCAAACAGCCAUUGAGGAAGCUCAGGAUAUUGACACAUAUUCUCUAGAUGAACUUGUAGGCAAUCUCAAAACGUUUGAGAUGAGAAUUAAACCAGAAAAAAAGGAGAAAAAUAUAGCGUUUAACUCUGUCAAAAAGGAAGAAGAUGCUAGCACUGAAGAUUUGGAUUACUUGACAAAACAGUUCAAGAAAUUCUUUAAGUCUAGGAACUCCUCUGCGAUUGAUUGUGGAAACAAAAGGUACAACUCACGUGUGGGUAAAGCCUUAAGGUCCACUUGGAGUGAUAGUGAGUUUGAUACUCACUCUGAAAAUGAAGAAGAGAACAUUGCACUUACCUCAACUCUUCAUAAUGAAUCAUCUGAUGAAUCAGACGAUGAGGAGCAUUCAGAUGAAGUGAUGAAUGGUAAGUACAAGGAGCUUUAUGAAGCCUCUAGACAAAUCCUUAAGAAAAAUGAAAAAUUGAGUGAAGAGAUUGUUUUGAUUAAGAGAGAGAAAACGGAGGUUGAAGAGAGAUUGGAGUCUUGUGUAAAAAAAUGGGAGGUUGAAAGGUCUGACUUCGUUAGUCAGAUCAAGGUUUUAGAAGAAAAUUUGAAUGCUCAGGCCACUCUUGCUGGCUCACUUGCUUCUGAAAAAUUAAACCUUGAGCUUGAGUUGAAAGAGUCUCAGCAAAAGUUUUCUAAAUUCUCAAUUGGGUCAGACAAAGUGUCUAGAAUGAUUGGGAUGGGAAAAUCUGAAGGUGACAAAAAAGGCAUAGGUUUUAGUUCUGGUGAGAGCUCUAAAUCUUUGAAAUUUGUGAAGAGUUCAGGUUUCCUUCAACCUGAAAAUGUCAAUGAUAGAAGAGGCAGAGAGUUCAGUUCUAGUGAGCAUGAUAGACGUUCAGAUUUAGCAAAGAAUUAUGUUUUUCCUCAACUUGGAUAUCAUUCUUUGUCUAGAAAGUUCACCCCUAUUUGUCACCAUUGUGGAACUCCAGGUCACAUCAGACCUAAGUGUAACUAUCUUCGGAGAAAUGCACAAAGGGUCUGGACUCCUAGAAAGAGUAAUCAAAACCUCUCUCUGCAGACAAAGUUGAAAGAACACUUGAGAGAAAUUGGCAGGAUUGCUCACUUGGUUUCAAUCCCAGCGUCCUGUAUGCCUCAGAUGAAACAAAUUUGGAAAAGAAAAGAAUCUCAUCACCCUACGUUUUCUCGUACAGGUGAUUGA